AGCUUAAGGAUUUGAUUGGUUGGACGGCUCUGGGGUCAAACUUUAACUUCCGUUUCAUACAGCUAACAUGGCGGAUAAAGAAAAGAAGAAGAAGGAGAGCAUCUUUGACUUGUCCAAAUACAUUGACAAGCCGAUUCGUGUAAAGUUUCAAGGAGGACGAGAAGCUAGUGGUGUCCUGAAAGGAUUUGAUCCGCUGCUUAACCUCGUACUGGAUGGAACAAUCGAAUAUAUGCGUGAUCCAGAUGAUCAGCUGAAGCUGACAGAAGACACCAGACAGCUGGGGCUGGUGGUCUGCAGAGGAACCUCUGUUGUGCUCAUCUGUCCCCAGGAUGGCAUGGAGGCCAUACCAAAUCCUUUCAUACAGCAGCAAGAUGGUUAACUAGCUAAGGCUAUUAGGAGACCAGUGGUUUUUUUGUUUGUUUGUUUUUUAUUGAGGUAUUUUCCCAUUAUUUGUAAUUUUGUUUUAAUAAUUACAGUACAGUUAUUCUUUUAACAAUGCUGUUUUGAGUUAAGAAUAAUAAGCAAAGAAAAAUUUGUCAUGCAAAUAGUACAAAGAUUUGUGUUGUAAAGAGAUCGUGUGUUAACAGUGAAAUGUUCUUUUUAUCUGUAAUGACUAGAUGUUUUCCUAUUAUUUGUUUUUGAUAAGAAAAUAAAGGGGAAAAGAAAGCUA